AUGCUGCUCUCUCUGUUUCGACGAUCUCUGUCGUGCAGAAAACGGCUAUGUAUCCCACAGCAAAUAAUUCGGUCGAACUCGACGGAUACUCCAGGCUACAAUCCUAAGCGCGAGCCAUGGCUCACUCCCACAAUGGUUCUCCUUGGUUUCGUCCCGAUAUUCACUCUCGGCUUGGGCACUUGGCAGCUCCAGAGGCUCCAGUGGAAAGUAGCGCUCAUCGACGAGCUGGAGGAGAAACUGCAACUGCAAGCGAUCGCUCUUCCGAAACGAAUAAAUCUGCAAGUGCUUCCCGAAUUUGUGUUCCGGAAGGUCUAUCUAAAAGGAAAAUGGGACCAUGCUCAUUCAAUGCUCGUCCGUCCAAGAACUCGUGAAGGGAUUCAUGGCGCAAAUGUUCUGACUCCGCUGCUGCGUGAAGACGGCACCACCCUCCUUGUUGACCGAGGAUUCAUUUCAAAGGAUUUCGACCUCUCCUCGAUUCCACAAGAGACUGGUACCGUGGAGGUCUUGGGCAUGUUGAGAACAUCAGAGAAGAGGAAUACUUUCACUCCAGACAACCACCCCGAACAGGGUGACUGGUAUUGGAAGGAUAUCGAUGCAAUGGCGGAAUUCGCUGGUGGAGAACAAGCCAAUGUUCAACCGGUUCUCGUGGAGCAGAUAUUCGAGGGACAUGAGGGCGAAGCCUCUGCACGCAUCGGAAAAGGUAUUCCUGUUGGUCGUGCUGCAAGCGUGGAUUUACGUAACUCACAUCUAUCCUAUGUAAUCACUUGGUAUUCUCUUUCCGUAUUUACGGCCGUAAUGUUUGUUCGCGUUAUGAUGAACAAGAAAAAAACCCGAGGACGCCAGAUGCCUCGUUAG